AUGCCCCAAAACGUGGUCCUGCCGGGCCCUGCGCCCUGGGGCUUCCGACUCUCGGGGGGCAUAGACUUCAACCAGCCUUUGAUCAUCACCAGGAUUACUCCAGGAAGCAAGGCGGCAGCUGCCAACCUGUGUCCCGGAGAUGUCAUCCUGGCUAUUGAUGGCUUCGGUACUGAGUCCAUGACUCAUGCUGAUGCACAGGACAGGAUUAAAGCAGCAGCACACCAGCUGUGUCUCAAAAUUGACAGGGCGGAAACUCGCUUAUGGUCUCCACAGGUAACUGAAGAUGGAAAGGCUCAUCCUUUCAAAAUCAACUUAGAAUCAGAACCACAGGAUGUGAACUACUUUGAACACAAGCAUAAUAUUCGGCCCAAACCUUUCAUAAUUCCAGGCCGAAGCAGUGGAUGCAGUACUCCGUCCGGUAUUGACGGUGGCAGUGGACGUAGCACCCCUUCUUCUGUCAGUACUCUUAGUACUAUUUACCCAGGUGACUUGAAAGUUGCUGCUAAGAUGGCCCCUAACAUUCCUUUGGAAAUGGAACUUCCUGGUGUGAAGAUUAUACAUGCUCAGUUUAAUACACCUAUGCAGUUGUACUCAGAUGACAAUAUUAUGGAAACACUUCAGGGUCAGGUUUCAACAGCUCUAGGGGAAACGCCCUCAAUGAGUGAACCCACGGCCUCCCCAGUGCCCCCCCAGUCAGAUGUGUACCGGAUGCUCCAUGACAAUCGGAAUGAACCUACUCAGCCUCGCCAGUCAGGCUCCUUCAGGGUGCUCCAGGAACUAGUGAACGAUGGUUCAGAUGACCGUCCUGCUGGAACUCGGAGUGUGAGAGCUCCAGUUACAAAAGUCCCAUGCGGUGCUGGCAGCACACAGAAGAUGCCACUCUGUGACAAAUGUGGGAGUGGCAUUGUUGGUGCGGUUGUGAAGGUGAGGGACAAGCAUCGGCAUCCAGAGUGCUUCGUGUGUGCCGACUGUAACCUCAACCUCAAACAAAAGGGCUACUUCUUCGUGGAGGGGGAGCUGUACUGCGAAACCCACGCGCGGGCCCGCAUGAGGCCCCCAGAGGGCUACGACACAGUAACUCUUUAUCCCAAAGCUUAA